UCGCCGGUGCAGCGGCAAUGCCCCGCAGCCCGGCCGCGGCCCCCGGCCCGCCCAGCUAGCCCCGCGCCGCGAGUCUCGGAGUAGCGAUGGGCAACACGGUGCACCGGACCCUGCCAGACUCUAGCCCUCCUGCACGCCUCCUGGCCACCCGGCCUUGCUACGGCCCGGGCCCAGAGAGGCGAGCGGUCCUGGGCGAGGCGCCGCGCUUCCAUGCGCAGGCUAAGGGCAAGAACGUGCGUCUGGACGGCCACUCGCGCAGGGCCACGCGACGGAACAGCUUCUGCAACGGAGUCACCUUCACGCAGCGCCCCAUUCGCCUGUACGAGCAGGUGCGGCUGCGCCUGGUGGCCGUGCGUCCCGGCUGGAGCGGCGCGCUGCGCUUCGGCUUCACUGCCCACGACCCGUCUCUCAUGAGCGCACAGGAUAUCCCCAAGUACGCCUGCCCCGACCUGGUUACGCGGCCUGGUUACUGGGCCAAGGCGCUGCCCGAGAACCUGGCGCUGCGGGACACAGUGCUGGCCUACUGGGCCGAUCGCCACGGUCGCGUCUUCUACAGUGUCAACGAUGGUGAGCCAGUGCUGUUCCACUGCGGCGUGGCUGUGGGCGGCCCACUCUGGGCACUCAUCGACGUCUAUGGCAUCACGGACGAAGUACAGCUUCUGGAAAGCACCUUCGCUGACACGCUGACCCCCCUGCGCCUGGGCCAGGCUCGCCUCAGCGCCUGCCCCCCUCCUGGCAGCCACGACGCUGCCAACUUCGACAACAACGAGCUGGAGAACAACCAGGUGGUGGCCAAGCUGGGUCACCUGGCUCUCGGCCGUCCCGACGCCGCGGUCCCGUGCGUGGCCCGCGAACGCGCGAGGCCCGCCUCAUCGCCCGCGCUGCUGGACGCCGAGCUGCGCUUCCACGCCACGCGCGGACCCGACGUGAGCUUGUCCGCCGACCGCAGGCUAGCCUGCGCGCCCCGCCCCGACGGCGGCCGCACGCUCGUGUUCUCCGAGCGGCCGCUGCGGCCAGGGGAGAGCCUGUGCGUGGAAGUGGGGCGCCCGGGGCUGGCGGCACCCGCGGCCGUGGCCUUCGGCAUCACGUCCUGCGAUCCUGGCGCGCUGCGGCCAUCCGAGCUGCCCGCCGAUCCCGCUGCGCUGCUGGACCGCAAGGAAUACUGGGUGGUGGCGCGCGCUGGGCCCGUGCCCAGCGGAGGCGACGCGCUCAGCUUCACGCUGCGACCCGGCGGCGACGUCCUGCUGGCGGUGAACGGGCGCCCGCGGGGACGCCUGCUGUGCGUGGACACCUCACAGGCGCUCUGGGCCUUCUUCGCGGUACGCGGCGGUGUGGCGGGCCAGCUGCGUCUCCUGGGUACCCUACAGUCCAGUUCUGAGACCAUGACGCCAUCAGGGUCCUUCAGUGGCUCCCAGGAUGACAGCGAUUCAGACAUGACCUUCAGCGUCAACCAGUCAUCCUCAGCAUCAGAAUCGUCUCUGGUGACAGCCCCCAGCUCCCCACUGAGUCCCCCAGUGUCCCCAGCCUUCUCUGCACCCGAGCCGACAGGCAGCAGGAAUGGAGAGUGCACAGUGUGCUUCGACAGCGAGGUGGACACGGUCAUCUACACGUGUGGACACAUGUGCCUGUGUCACAGCUGCGGCCUGCGGCUCCGAAGGCAGGCACGGGCCUGCUGUCCCAUCUGCCGGCGGCCCAUCAAGGAUGUUAUCAAGAUCUACAGGCCGUAGCCGUGCAACUGGCUCGGCCAAGGCAAGGUCACCUUUCUGAAAGCCCCUGCUAGGUGGGCGACACCAUGGCUAUCAGGGAGCCUGGGGUCAGGAGCCAUCUCUUGUCUGCCACUCCGCAGUGAUGAGCAAGGCAGGACAGGUAUGGAGAUGAGGCCCUGGGGGCCAGAGCCCAGGCAAAUACUUGCUGCUUCUGGCUCAAACACACAUCACCCCCAAAAGCCUGUCCCAGGAUUCAGCUCAGGAACUGCCUGGCAGAUCACCUGCCUCUUGGUGACCUUCAGCUGGGAAAGGGUACCCUCUGUCUGUGCAAUGCUUCUUUGGGGUUGG